ACCCCGGAAGCGCUACCUUUCUCCUGACACGUAGCAACCACAACCAAGUUGGCAGGGCUCUGGGUUGAUUUGUCAAAUAUCACAGAGUGAGAGAUGUCGGGGUUUGACAACUUCAACACAGACUUUUACCAGUCUAGUUACAGUGUAGAUGACCAAAACCAGGCCGGCUAUGGCUACAGCAACACCGAAAACCCCUACAAUAAGCCAUACGGACAAUACGAUUACUCCCAGCCCAUGGGCUACUCUUCCCCGGGAAUGAUGCCGCCCCAGCAGCCAUAUACAGGACAAAUCUUCCAGCCCGCACAGACGUACACUCCAUCCCAAUCACAAUCCAUGUACAGUAGCAGCUUUGAUGAUGAACCGCCUCUGUUAGAAGAAUUAGGAAUUAAUUUUGACCACAUCUGGCAGAAGACUCUGACAGUGCUCCAUCCGAUGAAAGCAGCAGACGGAAGCAUCAUGAAUGAGACAGACCUGGCUGGCCCUAUGGUUUUCUGUUUGGCCUUUGGAGCAACACUUCUCUUGUCGGGUAAAAUCCAGUUUGGUUACGUGUACGGCAUCAGUGCAAUCGGCUGCCUCGGCGUGUACUGCCUGCUCAACCUUAUGAGUAUGACAGGUGUGUCCUUCGGCUGUGUGGCCAGCGUGCUGGGGUACUGCCUCCUCCCCAUGAUCCUUCUGUCCAGCUUUGGAGUCCUCUUUUCUUUACAGGGAAUGAUGGGAGUUAUACUAACAGCAGCAAUCAUUGGCUGGUGCAGUUUCUCUGCCUCAAAGAUCUUCAUCUCGGCGUUGGCCAUGGAUGGGCAGCAGCUGUUAGUUGCUUACCCCUGCGCUCUGCUAUAUGGGGUCUUUGCACUCAUCUCUGUCUUCUGAAAAAAAUAAAUAAGUUGAACAACAGUUUAAAGUAACUGCUCCUCCGUUUCUGUAAUUUCAGUCUAAUUAGUGCCGUGUAAUUUGUGUAAUGCUCGGCUAAUUACACUGUUACUACAGAAAGAUGGGAGCUCCUGUUUAAGAUGGCACCAAGGGUUUUUUAUUAACAAGGCUUGUCAUGUCACCUCUCUUCACCUCGCUCCCUUCAUGCAUCCUUUAGGCGAGGGCUGUCAAAAUUGCUUGAUGGUGAAAAAUAACUCUCCUGUGGUCUUUGCUGAGCCUGAAAGGGUUUAGUUUAGUCCAACAAUUUUAAGGACAUAAAGGGAGGGAAGAGAACCAAAAAAAAAAACAGAGGAGACUAUUUAAUUUGGACACAGGUGGGAAAUGAUUCUCAAUUUUUCAAGAUUGUCAACCCUGCAGUCAGUGAAACCUGUCAUGAUUUUUGCGAAAGCUGUUGUGAGCCUCUUCUGGUAUCACCUGUAGAUUCUACUACAGCAGGACUAAGGGAAACACCCACUCUCAUUCUGCACAAGACUACAGCAACUCAUUCUACUUCUCCUCCCAGAAGGGCAGAGAAAAACAGGGGUGGUCUCCUUCUUUUCUCCAGGACUGAGGAGCAAUUAACCCAAUUGUCUGUGUAGUCACCUUUACAGAAUACAGCUGCUCUUCUAAAUCUUUAUGUAUUUUAUUAUAUUCAUUUGAGAUUCAUUUGCGUUUUUGAUGCCUUUCAGGAAGACACAACUACAGUUUGCACAGAAGCAUCGUUCUCAUUGUCAAAACCAAACAAAAUCCGGUGAGAUAUUGAGAAUUAACAAUCUGAGAGAUCCUGCGUGUGUCUAGGUACAGACGUGUCUGUUUAGAUUUGUUCAAAUCCCUUACAUUUCUUAAAUCUUUAUUUUAGAGACGGCUCACUUUGUAUGCUUUGAUGUGUCAUCUGUUGUUCAUGUCUUCUCAUGCACAUUAAAGUUGUUUUUGAAGGUCA